AUGUCGGCCACUAAGUAUUUUCUUGGAACAGCAGCCAUUCUCGGAGGUGUUUACUUCUACGAUCAAAAUGUGCAGCCAAUCAUCCCUAGAAAACAGCAAGUGCAACAUGACUUGGAUAAAUUAAAUAAGAAGCAAACCAAUUUAUCGAAUAAGUUCACCCUGAAAAUUGACGAAACCAAGCAAAAGGUUCAGAAGCAACCCCCCAUAAAGGAACAGAUUAAGGACACUUCAGUGUAUCAAAACCUUGCAAAUAACGCUUCUGACGCUAAGGACAAGUUUAAUAAGAACACCACCCCUGAUUCUGAGAAGAACUUUUUGGUUAGAGGAGUAGAUAAGUACAUCGAUACCGUAAAUGAUAUCGGUGGAGGCAAGAAACAUAGUAAUGUCCAGUCUCUUUCUAAUGAGGCCGAAGCUCAAAAGAACUCUUGGUUCAAUUGGUUCCAGAAGGAGGAUGAUAGGUUUCAAAAGAAAUUAGACAACACCAAGGAUGAUGCCGCUAACAAGAAGAACGAAUGGUUCAGUUGGGGAUCUAAGAAAACUGAUGAAUUGAAGGAUAAGUCCAACGCUUCAGCCGAUAGAGCAGAAGAAAAGAAGAACGAAUGGUUUAACUGGGGCUCUAAGAAAUCAGAUGAAUUACAGAAUAGGGCUUCCGAUUCUUAUAAUUCUGCUAAGAAUGAAGCUCAAAAACAAAGAUCCAACUUAGAAUCAAGUUUGGAGUCAACUAAGAACCAAUUCACUAGCAGCUAUAAUGAAGGCAAGCAGAAAGCUAUUGAGAGCUAUGAAAACGCCAAAUCUCGCUUAGAUGAAUUAUCCGCCAACUUUUCUAAAUCUCAAGAACCAGACAAGCAAGAAAAGUUGAACAGAGCUAAAGGUGACUUUAAUAGCUCCUUAUCGAAUUUGAAAGCAUAUGGGGAUGAUGUCGUUGAUGAGAUCAAUAGCAAGGUCAAGAGUGCUUUUGGUAGUAAGUAA